GCUCUCCCACCACAUGAUCUGGCUUCCGUGAUGGUGCAAUAAACUCUAGAGCAAGAGGGAGGGGAGUGGGUAAGUAAAUGGGACGCGGGUUUCUUUUGGACGCUGCUCAUUUCAUCCCAUCUGGGGCUCACAGGUUUCUUUUAUUACUGGUGCUCGUGCUCUCUGGCGUUACUUUUGUCACUUCUUUUAGGCAUUGCUAGCUGAACAUGGCCGUGUAAAUUAAUGCCCGAAAGGAGUGGCGGCAAUGGGGAAGAAGGCCGGCGGGAGCUCCUGGUUAACGGCCGUUAAACGAGCCUUCCGAUCUCCCUCCAAGGACUCCGACCGCAAAUCUUCUCGCCAGCGCUUGGAAUCCGACCAGGAAGAAGACGAUAAGAACAAGAGGGAGAAGAGGAGAUGGAUAUUUCGGAAGCCUUCUCCGACGACGACGACGGCACACGAGCCGCAGAUGCAGAUGCAGAUGCAGAUGCAGCAGCUGCCUGGGCGGGCGGCGGCGCAGCCUGCUCAGGCGGCGGUGACGGCGGAGCAGAGGCACGCCAUUGCGCUGGCAGUGGCCUCGGCAGCCACGGCAGAGGCGGCCGUCGCCACGGCGCAGGCGGCGGCGGAGGUGGUCCGUCUCACCGAACCUUCUGCCGCUGGCUUCGUCCGGCAGCACUGCGCUGCCAUCGUCAUCCAAACCGCCUUCCGCGGCUACUUGGCGAGGAGGGCGCUGAGGGCUCUGAAAGGGCUGGUGAAGCUGCAGGCGCUGGUGAGAGGCCACAACGUGCGGAAGCAGGCGAACAUGACGCUGCGGUGCAUGCAGGCGCUGGUGAGGGUGCAGGCCCGAGUGCGAGACCAGCGCAUGCGCCUCUCCCAUGAAGCCGCAUCGGCCGCUGCUCCUGCUCCUUGCAGCAGCAACAAGUCCUCCUUCAGCUGCGACACCUUCGUCUGGGACUCCAAGUACCUCCAGGAGCUCGCCGAGAGAAGAUCCGUGGAACGGUCGAGAGAUGGGAGCAGCUUGGCCGACGACUGGGACGAGCGCCCUCGCACCAUGGAGGAGAUCCAGGCUAUGCUGCAGAGCAGAAAGGCAGCGGCUCUGAAGCGCGAAAGGGCACUCUCAUACGCAUUCUCCCAACAGAUUUGGAGGAACCCGUCUCCCUCCCUGGAGGAAGAAGCCGAGGGACGGGUGGCGUCGGCCGGCGAGGCGUGGCAACCGCGGUGGAUGGAGCGUUGGAUGGCGUCCAGAUCGUCCUUCGACAACAAGAACAGCAGCAGCAGCAGCAGCUGGGGAAGAGCCUCCACCGACCACCGCGACCCCAUCAAGACCGUGGAGAUUGACACGGCUCGGCCGUACUCCUACUCCGCCCAGCGAAGGCCGCAGCAGCUGACGCAUCCCCAACCCAACUUCUCCCCCCUCCACCACCGCUCUCACCUCUCCACACACUCCCCUGUCACCCCCUCCCCUUCCAAGGCGCGGCCUUUGCAAGUUCGCUCCGCGAGCCCUCGCUGCGGGAGCUCCGACGCCGCGCACACCCCCAGUUACUACUACCACCACAACCAACCGGCGGCGACGUCGCGCCACCACCACCACAGCGCGGCGGCCGCGGUGCCCAACUACAUGGCGGCGACGGAGUCUGCCAAGGCACGGCUCCGGUCGCAGAGCGCUCCGCGGCAGCGUCUGGCGACGCCAGAGAGGGAGAAGCCCGGCGCCGGCGCCGGCUCCGGCUCCGGCUCGGCCAAGAAGCGCCUCUCCUUCCCCGUCCCCGACCCAUACGGCGGGUACUCACAUAGCCUGCGAAGCCCCAGCUUCAAGAGCGCGGCGGGGCGCUUCGCGUCGGAGCAGAGGUCGACCGUGUCAUCGUCCUGCAACGAGAGCCUCGGCGGCGAGAUCUCACCGUCGUCGACCACCGACCUCCGCCGGUGGCUAAGGUGACCGAAAAGCCCUAGCAACCUCAGGACAUAAUACUAAUUAACUGAGUUUUUUUCU